CUCAAAUAAACCCUCUCUCCAAAUGGCUUCAAGAACUGCCAUUUUCAUUGUCCUUAACAUUCUCCUCUUCACAUUAGUGAGCUCAACCAAUGUCCCGUGCCCUCCUUCACCUUCUACUCCGGCCCCAAAGCCCCCAUCCCACCACCACGGCCAUGGCCACAGCCACGGCCACAAGGGGUCGAAGGGAAAGUGCCCCAAAGACACCCUAAAAUUAGGAGUUUGCGCUAACUUGCUAAAUGAUUUGGUGCACCUUGUGGUGGGAACCCCUCCCAAAACCCCAUGCUGCACGCUCAUCGAGGGUUUGGCUGAUCUUGAGGCGGCCGUGUGCCUAUGCACUGCCCUUAAAGCCAAUGUCUUGGGCAUCAACCUCAACGUGCCCGUCUCUCUCAGCUUGCUCGUUAACUACUGUGGCAAGAAGGUUCCCUCUGGCUUCCAAUGCGCAUAAGUUAUACCUCAUUUUCAUCAAUGUUUUUUAUUACUGUUGCUUUUGUGUAUUAUGUCAUUUCCUAUGUUAUUUGUUUUGUUCAUUUUGAAUCAUUGUUUUUAUGAUGGCUUGAUCU